AUGCGAUGUCUUAUUACUCAUAGGGUGGAGAAAUUAUCAGAAGAAGAUAGCUGGGAAUUGUUCAAGCGAAGAGCAUUUUCACGAGGAGGAGUUUUAGAGACGGCGAAAUUUGCAGCCAUGGGAAGAAAAAUGGUGGAAAGGUGUGGUGGCCUGCCUUUGGCCAUAAAAGCACUAGAGGGUUUACUGCACUCUAAGAAGUCUGAGCAAGAGUGGUUGCGGAUUCAAGAUAGUGCAACGUGGGAUUCGAAUGAUGAUGUAUUGCCUUCCUUGAGGUUGUCUUAUGAUAAUCUACCUCAUUCUUCUCUAAAAAAAUGUUUUGCAUAUUGUUCAAUUUUGCCAAAGGAUUCUGAAAUCUGGAAAGAUGAAAUGGUAUGUAUCUGGAUGGCAUUAGGAUUCCUUUUGCCCCCUAAAGGUAGCAAUAAGCUGAUGGAAGAUAUAGGGAGCGAAUACUUUAAUAUAUUGUUGUGGAAUUGUUUGUUACAAGAUGGUGAAAGGAAUUAUGAAGGCGGCAUAUAUUCCUACAAGAUGCAUGAUCUAGUGCACGAUCUCGCACUAGAUCUAUCUAAACAUCAUUCGGUAACUGUCAAAGCUGAUCAUGAGUUAAACGAUAUUUCCAAGGCCAUAUAUGUGAGGGUUGAUGAAGGGAUUUCAAAUAUUAAGCCACCCAUUCUUAGGAGAAAUUUUGAGAAAGUACAAGUAUUAUAUGCAGAGUCUCGCAUCGUUAGGGACUUGGUGCCUUACCCGAGGCACUUGAUUGGUUUGGUUCUAAAACAUAGCUACGAAGGUGAGUUGCCAAAUUCACUGAGCAAUCUGAAGUAUCUUAAGUAUUUGGAUAUCUCAAGAUGCUACAAUAUGAAUAAAUUACCUGAUUACAUUGCAAGACUCUAUAACUUGCAGACAUUGAGCGUCCAGAGCGCAACACAGCUUCCUAGAAAUAUUUGCAACUUAAUCAAUUUAAGACAUAUUCUGGUCUUUGAUAGUUAUUACAAUGACGUUGAGAGUUCGGACAUGUUUUCUGGGAUAGAGAGGUUAAGUUGUCUUCAAACGCUGCCUCAUUUUGUUGUGAGUAGAGAUCAUCAAUGUGUUAUUGGACAACUGGGAAGUUUCAAAAAUCUUCAAGGUACUCUAAGGCUUUUUGCCCUUGGUGAUGUAGAGAAUAUGGAAGAAGCUAGUAAGACGAGUUUGCAUACAAAAUCGAAUAUUGAGCAUUUAAAGUUAGUCUGGAAAAAGAAUGAAGAUGUGAUGGGAAAAAAAGAAUACAACCAUGAGGAUGUGAUGGAAGGAUUACAACCUCAUGCAAAUCUAAAAGAAUUGACUGUUGAGAACUUUACGGGAAAGAAGUUUGCAACUUGGAUUACAAUCAUGACAAACUUGGAAUUUAUCACAUUCAGAAAUUGUAAAAGAUGUGAAGAGUUUCCACAGCUGGGUCAUCUUCCUAAGUUGAGAAAGAUUUUUAUAAAGGGGAUGGAUAACGUCAAGGUUAUAAGCAGCCAUUUAUGUGGAAGUCAAGGUGGCAUUAGUGGUGAAUUAAAUGAAAAUGGGGCAGAAGAAACAGUUGCAACAAUGUAUCCGUCAUUGACACAUCUUUAUUUACGCAAUUCGCCAAAGCUAGAAGAAUGGGUAGACCCAGCUAUGGAUACAAGCGGUGAAGACCCAAACAAUGUGCUAGCAUUCCCUAAACUCGAGGUGUUAGAUAUUAAGAGAUGUUCAAAGUUGAGAAGGAUUCCGGGUAGUUGUUAUCCGUUGAUGAAGACACUGCAUAUCAGAGACUUGGACAGCAGCAAGCUACUGGAAUCAUUGAGCAAAAAGGCAUGCGGUCUCACAUAUCUACAACUGCAGAAUAUCAGUGGCGGAGUAGGGUGCUCUUCUUCUUCAAGUAUGAACUGCAUAAUGGGCGAGCUCUUGGAAAACAAUUCUGUGUCUUUGAAAACUUUGAGUGUAGGAAAGUUACAGGGAUUGACAUAUUUGACACUCGGCGUAGGUUUAAAGAGCUUACUAGUGAUUGAUUUGCCUGACCUGAAUACUAUUAAUGUCAUCAAAGAUCUUUCUAUUUGGGGGUGUCCGAACUAUGAGGUGUUUGCCCAAAGUGUGAGUUCAGCAAUUGAAUGUUUGACAUUGGGAGGCUUCUCGGAGGAUUUAGAUGAAUUCCCAUGGCCCUUAUCCUUUUCUUUUCCCAAUGUAAUCGAGCUCACAGUGUGGGGGUGGGAAAAGCUAAAGUGGAUAGUGGAUGAAGAGCAACCUGAUGAUUAUCUCUCCUCCAUCUUCCCUUCCUUGCGUGAAUUACAUAUACACUGGUUUCAGGGAGUGAAAUCUCUUCCCAUUUCACUAGCGAAGCUUCCUUUUCUGGAGAGGUUAUCUAUUGUGAAGUGUGAAAAUAUGGAAAGCUUGCCAAACUUCCAUGACAACUUGCAGUUCCUGUGGAUAGGUGGAUGUCCUAUAAUAAAAGAAAGAUACAGGAAGGGUAGUGGCCCGGAAUGGUCCAAAAUCCAACACAUCAAACAGAUAGAUGGGCUCGAUUGAUGAAAGUAAACACACAUGCCGACUGACGAGCAGAUGAUGCUGUGGUAGAAAAAGACAAACAACAGUCACAGGUGAUGAAUCCUACUGAGUACUGAAGCAGGCCUGUUUUGUUUGUUUCAUCGGCCAGACUAUAAGCACUUGUGCAAAAUGCAUUAGAUUCACUUACCAAAUUCAUUGAAAAUGGAGUGUGUAAGGGGACUGAACUUUCUUGAAGAUGUUCUUGCUGGUAUGGAUCAGGCUGUUCCUGAUGGUGUUGACGUCAUUUCAAUUUCCAUGGGUUUGAUGAUAUGCCUUUGUAUGAAGAUCCUAUUGCUAUAGCUUCUUUCGGAGCCAUGGAAAGAGGUGUGUUUGUUUCAUCUUCAGCUGGAAAUGAUGGCCCUGAUCCUGGAUCCUGGAUAUCUGCAUAAUGUUAUUCCAUGGGUCUUAGUAGUUGCAGCAGGCUCCAUUGAUCAAACAUCUGGAGGAAACUUGAUUUUGGGAAAUGGGGUAAGCCUCACUGGCUGGACCAUGUUCCCUGCUAAAGCUUUGGUGAAAGAUGUCCCUCUUUUCUACUACAAAAAUAUUUCUACUUGCGAUUCUGCUAAGAGAUUAGCGUUACUAAGUCAAACGUAAGGAAUAAAUUUUCCUUACGUUAUCAUUGUAUGUAAAAAUAAAUUUUCCUCAGCUUUUAAGAUGUUGUCAUAUGUUGCCAAGUCAAACGCGGUUGCUGGUAUCAUUAUAUCAGUCGA